AUGGGGAAAGACGGUGGAUUUCUUACACCAAAAGCCAUAUCAAAUCGCAUGAAAUCCAAAGGAUUACAAAAAUUAAGAUGGUAUUGUCAAAUGUGUGAAAAACAGUGUCGAGACGAGAACGGUUUCAAAUGUCACACAGAGAGCGAAUCACAUCAACGUCAACUGUUAUUAGUAUCAGAAAAUCCAAAUAAAUUUGUUGGAGAUUUUUCUCAACAAUUUCAUGAAGGUUAUAUGUGUACACUUAAACGACGUUUUGGGACCAAACGUAUACAAGCAAAUGUUGUCUAUCAAGAAUAUAUUAAAGAUCGUGAUCAUGUACACAUGAAUUCCACAAGUUGGAUGACUUUAUCAGGUCAUUGCAUUGUUGAUCAGACAGAAAAGGGUUGGUAUGUUACUUGGAUAGAUCGUGACCCAGAAACAAUUCGACGACAAAGUGAAAUUGAAAAGAAAGAAAGAAUGGAUUUAGAUGAUGAACAACGACGAACAAAACUUAUCGAACAACAAAUUCAGCGAGCAAAAGAAAGUGAAAAACAUUCAACAGAUGAUGUACAGUUUACCGAAUUUGUUCGAAAAGACGAAGAUGAGAAGGUACAGUUAACGUUUACCAAAAUUGUCACUAUUGAGAAACCUAAAUUCAUCAGCCCCUUAACAACCAUUGAUCCUUCAAUAACCAUCUCCAAGAAAAGAUUACAUAGUGAAGAUAUAACUGGCGAAGAUGAUCCGAAGAAUAAGAAAGAAAAAAUCUCAUCUGAAACAGAAUCAUCUACGAUAACGACCUUAUCAGAAGUCUCGAUUGGGACAGCGUUUUCUUCAUUCACAAAGCCAAUUGUUCCGAUGCCAAAAUCAGCAUUGGUGAACAGACCAAAGAAGUCUGCAUUAGAGGAAAUAAUGGCGUUCGAAGAAAAAUCCAAAGAGCAAAAAAAUCGCAAAGACUAUUGGUUACAUGAAAGGAUCAUUGUGAAGGUAAUAACAGCAAAAUUAGGUGAAAAAUAUCAGAAAAAAAAAGCCGUUGUCGUUAGAGUGGAAAAUCAUUAUCAAGCAGUUAUUAAAAUGAUUGAUACAAAUGAUAAAAUACGCGUGGAUCAAUCACAUGUUGAAACAGUGAUACCAGCUGUUGGUAAAAAACUUUUGAUUGUCAAUGGAGCUUAUCGGGGUUGUGAAGCAAUUUUGGAACAACUACAUCAAGACAAAUUUUGUGUUGACUGUAAACUUUUAACGGGCCCAAUGAAAGGAUGUUUAAUCGAAGAGAAUAUAAAUAUGGCUGCUAAACGAACUCUUCGUCAACACAUAAAAAAGGCGAUAUCGUUAAUGAGUGUAGAAGAACGUCGUGAACAAUCGUCAUCUGUUUUUCAGCAGUUAAUCAAACAUCCAAAAUUUCUUUCUAGUCAUCGUUUAUCUAUUUUUAUCAGUUUACCAACAGAAAUAGCUACGUUCGAUAUUAUUGAACAAUCGUUUAAAAUGAAUAAACAUGUUUACAUUCCACGUUAUGAUCAGAAUACAAUGCAAAUGUUGCGUCUAAUGUCGAUGGAAGAUUUAGACACAUUACCGAUGACAAAAUGGAAUAUAAAACAACCAAGAAUGGAUGAUGAUGAACGUGAAACAGCGAGUGAAUUAGAUUUAAUAUUGGUACCUGGUCUAGCAUUUUCUUUAAAUGGUUAUCGUUUGGGCCACGGAAAAGGAUUUUACGAUAAGUUUUUGAAUCAUUAUGUUCAAACCCAUAAUAAGAAACCAUUUACAAUUGGUCUAGCAUUUACUCAACAAAUCGUGGAUAAUCUACCAGUUUGUGAUUAUGAUUAUAUUUUGGAUGAAAUAUUAACACAUAAAACGACUUUGUAA